GUUGAGUCACGGGUGAAUUGUUAUCCUAUGGAUAGGUAAAACUCUACAACCACAACCACAACCACAAACUCCUCCAGUCGGUGAAUUAGAAAUAGUAAACCUUCAACAAUAUGUCUCUCACCAACGCAUCCCCAGCUGAAGCUGCGAAAGCUGCAAAAUUAGCAUCUCACAGUCUCUCAACCCUCCCUACAUCCGCGAGGAAUCAUGCUUUGACAGCCAUCCACUCAGCUUUGUCCCAGGCCAAAGACGAAAUUUUGCUUGCAAAUGCUAAGGAUCUCAAACAAGCUUUGGAGGCAGCAAAUAAUGGAGAAUUGAGUCUGAGUAUCAUCUCACGCCUGGAUUUGGGAAAGAAGGGGAAAUGGGAGGAUAUGCUCAAGGGCAUUUUGGAUGUUCGAGAUCUUGAGGACCCUGGUAUAUCUCGCUUCACAACACUAUCAAAAAACUCCGGGACUAAUUUUUGAUUUGGUAGUUGGAAAGAUUUCAUUGCGCACGAAACUUGACGACGGACUGAAUCUUGAAAGAGUUUCAUGUCCUAUUGGAGUCCUUCUCAUCAUCUUCGAAGCUCGACCUGAAGUUAUUGCCAAUAUUGCAUCACUAGCCAUCAAAUCCGGAAAUUCUGCAAUUCUCAAAGGUUUGUUGAUUCCGUUUGUAUGACUACAAUCUUUCGGCUAACGGAAGUAUCCAGGUGGAAAGGAAUCAACCGAAUCUUUCAUUGCCAUCUCUAAAGUCAUUUCAUCUGCCCUGGAACUCACCCAAGUGCCAAACAACGCAAUUCAACUAGUAACGACUCGAGACGUCAUUCCUCAGUUACUUCAACAAGAUCAGUAUAUCGAUCUUGUCAUUCCUCGAGGAUCCAAUGAGCUCGUCCGAUACAUCAAGGACUCCACCAAAAUCCCGGUUCUUGGCCACGCCGACGGUCUCUGUUCCAUUUACUUAGAACAUACUGUCUCCCCAGAACUCGCCGUCAAUGUCAUAGUCGAUUCAAAGACAUCAUACCCAGCAGCAUGUAACAGUGUCGAGACGCUUCUUGUUGAAGAGGCAUCCUUAGAUACUCUACUUCCACAAGUAGCCGAGGCUCUCUUAGCAAAAGGAGUUUCCCUUCGUUGUGAUGCUUCUAGUAAAGCCGCACUCACAUCAAAACUUCCAGCAAGCUCUUCUGCCAUAUUACAAGACGCAGAAGAAGUCGAUUUCGACACUGAACAUCUUUCAUUAACCCUAGCCAUAAAGACCGUUCCUGGACUUACAGAUGCUGUGACUCACAUCAACACCCACGGCUCCCAUCACACAGAUUGUAUUCUCACCUCAUCCUCAGAACUCGCAGAAAGCUUCAUUGCUGGCGUCAACUCGGCGGGAGUGUUCUGGAACACAAGUACCAGAAUGGCCGAUGGAAUGCGCUACGGAUUUGGAACAGAAGUAGGAAUCAGCACCAACAAAAUCCAUGCCCGGGGUCCGGUAGGACUUGAAGGUCUGAUGAUUUACAAAUACGUGAUUCGGGGAUCGGGACAAAUCACAGUUUCAUACGGAGAAGGUGAGGGACACAAACCGUUCAAGCAUGAGAAAAUGUAA